AUGCCUGAAAAAAUUCGAAAGCGAAUUGCGAGGUCCAGAACUCCCAACUCACUAAAAAUUAAGGUAAAAUCUAAUCAGAAAUCACCCAAAAAGUCUCCUCGUCCAACGACUCCUGGAUAUGAAUCUCAAAGAGACGGAUCUCGUGCUAGACGAAUCUAUCAAGUUUCUCCUAUUAAGCAGCAAAAUUCUGAAAUUCUCCACAUAAAAAGAUCAAAAUCUCGCCCAAGCUCAGGCGUAUUAAAAUUCCCCAAAAAGCAUCUCGAAACUGAAGAAAAUGACCUAUUUAACAGCAUAAGAAAUGAUUUAGAAGCAGAGUGAAAUUUCAAAAAUAUCCCAGAAUCCCUCAGAUCUUUAUACAGAGAAUGUGUAUUUGGUUUGCCGACUCACAAAAGCAUCACAUUAAUGUCAAGAGAAUUAAACGACCUCAUAAGCAACAAGGCAACUGUGCAAUUUGCAAUAAAAUCAGUAGAAGAAAGAGAAAAAAAUAUUUGGCAUAUCAAAGAUUUAAUCUACGAAUUUAACAAGUCCAGUGAAGAAGAAAGAAUGGGAGCUUUAAUGAAUUUUUCAGAAAUUUUACAAAAUUAUAGAGUGCUGAGCUUAAGUGCUAUAGAAAGCAUAAUUAUUUGAAGGGAUCAGCUAGCUUAUGCACAGAUAGUCAGCAAUUUGAAUAUUAGAAAUGUGAGGAGAAUUCCUUUUAUUUGAAAUGGAGAAAAUUAUAUUGUAAGGAUGAAAAGUGAUAUGGAUUUUUUAGGCAAAACUGAGCUUGCCAAGUAUUUUUAUUUUUCAGAUCAAAGUGACCCGUUUUUGAUUUGCCCUUCAGAUGUGAAGUGGGAUAUGUCAGAAAAAAUUAAUGAAUUAAGUAGCUAUUUUGCUAAAAAAACAACAAAAAUGCUGAUACCGCUUCCUGAAAUUUUGAUGAAUAGAGUUAAGCUUGCAGAAAUUAUCAUAAAUGAAGAAUUAAUCAAAGAAAAUGAAGUAAUUUCCCAUUAUGUAUUUAGGAGAUGGAAUACUAGGUCUAUGGCUAAUCCUGAAUAUUUUAAAAUAAAAAUGGAAGAUGAAACAAAUUCAAAAAUAAGCGAAGAAUUGACUGCAGAAUUAAUUCAAAAUUUCAUUGGGGAAAUUUUGCCUCAAAUGAUUACUGCUGAAAGCAAAAUGCAACAAGAUGCACUGUGCUUUGAUGAAAUUUCAAUUAAUCUUUUGGAGUCAAUAUGCAAUGAAUUUAGCUUAAAAAUAGCAAAAAAAUCUUAUGAGAAACAAAUUUAUCCAGUUAUUUCAGAACAAAUUUUCAAUGAUCUGCUAAUGAAAUUUGAUUAUAAACUAGCUAAAAUAUCAAAAAAUUUAAUAAAAGAAGAAAUUAAAGAUAAAAAAAGAAAUGAAGCAAAAAGAAUUAAAAAAAUGAAAACACUUGAUAAUGAUUUAGCUGUUAAAAUCGCAAAUCAAAUAUUUUGGGAUUGCGUCAAAAAAUCAUUUAAUUUAGCUAAGCUCGCUGAAAAUAUUUUACUAGGUGAGCUUAAAAAAGCAGAAGAAAAAAAUGAUAAAAUAAACAAAGAGAUUGCAGAAAUAAUAACAAAAGAGCUAAUAAGCCAGUUUAUUGAAGACCAAAGGAUCGACAAAUUUGCAAAGGAAAUUAAAAAUGAAAUGAUAUCUACUGAGAACCAAAUUAUAGAUAUCAUUUCCAACGAUAUCUCAGAAAGACUUAUAAUGGAAUAUCUUUCUAAUUAUUGCCGAAACCACUUAAUGAAUAUUUUUAAGGUUUUAUUGAUUAAAAUUCACACAAACGAGUUUCUUGAAAAUAUCACAAGUGAAAUGAUCCUUUCUAUAGCUAAAAAUUCCCUUAAUGAGGAAGCUAGAAUAUUUAAUGAAAAUAAAAUGAUUACAGAGUUUAUUUACGAAGAAAUUAUUUCAAAUUUAGCAAACCUCAUCAUAUACAUUAUAAUUGUGGCAUGUACGCCAUAUAUCCCAUUAGCAUAACGAUCUAAGAAAGACUUCAAGCUGAGAAUCAAUGCAAACUCAGUAGAUGUGUAUCUGGGAAAAUUUUAGGUGUAUUACUGUGGUUGGAAAUGCAGGAAUCCUCCAAUUUCAUUGGGAUCCCUGCACAUUCCUCUAGCGAGAAGCAGGUGUUUAGGCCCAGGCCAAUUUUUUGCUGUCGAAGAAAGGCACUUCGGAGCCGGUGGACUCCACUGAGCGAAUCCUUUGAAUCAAGUUACUACCAAUAGGCCCCACAAGCCGCAGAAAUCCAAAAGUCUCCAUCCGAAACUGGAAUCUUAAGACAAGGAGGAGACUUAUAAACAAACUAGGCUCUCGUGGCUUCGGACCAAACUUCUGCACAGAAGGUGUUUGGUGACUGCAUCGCAUCUGCCUAAUUCCUUAUCUUAACUCAUCCUAACCUUACCUAGCAAACCCUCAUAAACUAUCUCUUAUUUGUGUCGAGAUUUUAUCAGUCGAAAAAUUUUAUUACAUGACAUCAAAAAUGAUUUUUGAGUCAUUUAUUUUAGAAAUUAUUUCAGAUGAAUGGCUUCAAGAAUUUGCAGACAGCGAAAUUGAAAAUUUCGCUCAACUUGAAGCACCAAAAUCACCUACAUAUAAUACACCUUCUACAGAUGAAACAGUUUCGCAGAGUUAUCUCAGUUUUGCAAAUGAAGAAGCUUUUGAGUACUUAGCAAACGUUGAAUUUAAGCCAGUAGAAACACCUGAAAAUCUUAUACAAACUGCUAUGAAUGAAUAUUAUAAAUACUUGCCUUCAAUUAUUAAAGAAAAUAUCCCAUCUGCAGCUGCUUUGGUUGAAAAAUCAAAAGCAGGGAUAAAUACAAGCUGAUAUUGAAUAAAAAAGAGGAAAAAAAUUAUAGGCUUAUUGGUAUUUUCAAUUGAACCUAAUUCAUUAUUUUCGAAAAAAGUGAUAAUUCUGCAUAUUUCCUGCAUUCAUUUUUCUUCUUUUAAUUUAAUACUGGAGCAUGCUUUGAAUUUAAUAUGAAAUCGUGAAGACUGUGACGAAAUUCGGCUUUAUUUUGUAAAUGAAAGGCCAAGGCAAAUUAAAGAUAUGCCCAAAGAGUUGAAGUCUUUAUUUUUUGAUUUUAAAUUUAGGUGAAAAACAGAGAUUGAUGAAGAAAUUGGGACUGAGUCCUAUUUAGGAAUUUUGCGGCAAAGUGAUAGACCAAAGAAUUCUGAUGAAAGGCCCCAGGAAAAUGCAAUAAUAAACUCAGUAUGCAGCUUAUCUUUUGAAGAUGAUCCUAUUCCUUACAAUUCUCGAAAAUGCAGAGAAGUUUUGAUAUUUGGUAAUCGAAUUUGUUUAAUCCAUGCUCUUUUAUCUCUUUUCUUCAGAACCCAGAAUCCUAAGAAGCUCUCAUUAAUCCAAAUUCCUUUACAAAAUGAGCUAUCAAAUCUUCUUGGUUAUAUGAAUACUGUUGAAUAUGAAUUUAAAUACCUAAGGAACAUAGUAUCCAAAAAACCAGAAGAUGUUUUAGACUAUAUAAAAGACCAAGGCUAUGAUAGCGUUUUACCUGAAAAUGGGCUGAACUCUUUAUCCUUAUUAAAUCUUUCUUUUAAUUGGACAUCAUAUAAUCAUUUUUCUCACAAGGUAGGGAGCGAAUAUUUUGAUUAUUUUCAAUUUAAAAACAACCUUAAGAUAAUUUCUACAGAAUCCGCCAAAAUUUUUAUAAUUCCGACCUCACUUCCUGAUAUAUUUACUUUUAUUAUUAAAUCUGAAAAUCUAGCAGCUCAAGUAAAGCAAGGAUAUUGGCCUGAUGACCUUGACUUAUUCACUAAAGUAGAAGAUAUUUUUAAAGAAAUUAAUGCACUGCCAAGUGAAUUAGCUGAGCUUUGGCUUCCAAGUUUCAAAAAAUACUGCAAAUGGGAGAUCCCAUGGGUUGAAGGCUAUAAAAUCACUCAUCAAGGCAUGAGUGAAGAGAAAUACGUAAAAAGAUGUCACGAGCAGAUCUCAGUUGAAAUAAGCUCAGCUGAGUUCUCAGACGGCAUAUUGAAAUCAGAAAUCAAAGAGGAAUUUAUUUUAUUUUCUGAUUUUGUUUUUGGGUUAGUCUUUAAGUUUAAGUUUAAUGAAUUUUUCUCGCAAAUUUUGCGUUAAGUCCCCUUGUUCUUGAGGUUCAGCUAAUUUAACAGCUCUGAAAAACGGUAGGUGAACCGGCCUAACCGUCAAACCGUUAAAGUUAAAUAGCCCAUUAGGGCUCCUCUAGUCAACGCCAGACACAGCAAUAACCUCUUCACUUCAAGCCGAGUUCUCUCACUGAGCUCAUGAUCAUGGGUCCAUCCUGCGAGGCAGGUGCUAGGACCCAUCACUAAGUGACAUUUUUAAUAUUGUGGGGUUAGUCUUAACAAAUCUCGACUCAGAAGAAAUAAACCCAAUCCCACUAUUUGUUACAUAUGUACAAGAAGAUGACUUGAUUCAUUCUGUAAAUUCUCAAGAAUCAUAA